UUUUUUUUUUUUUUUAAAAAAAAGGUAAAAAAUAUUAAAAAAAAAUUAAGAGAGAAGUGGAGAACUAGAGGUGUAGAACACCAGCUCAUGGGCUUAACUCCCCAGUAUUGCAGUAAAGGGCUGGGGCUGGGAGAUACUGGCAGCUGAGACAGUAAGCCAGGAGGAAACCACCACACCACCACCACCCUGUGUGGAAAAGCAGGGUUGAAGGCAGCCAUCUGCUGACGGUGGAAAACCAAUCUGAGAAGGCAAGAUUCGAGAUGUGGGCUCCUGCUUAAUGUGGCCUCUGUCCAGCUGUCCCCCACCCAGCCCACCUCUGCUUUACCUUCCAGCUGCAUUGAGCACCUUGCAGAUGACUCCAAGAGCUUCCUAGGUACUCCCUCUGGCAGCACCAUUCUCCCCUGACCAGCUGAAGGGCCUGUGAGACACCUGUGUGUGGAUGCCAUUCGGAUUGAGAGACAAGCCAGCUCAUGGUGUGGUGGCAAGGAGAGGCUGAAAGGAGGGAGUGGCUGAGGGAAACAAGCUGGGAGUCCCUGACACUUCCUGCUAUUACCAAGCACACAUUCUUGCUAGGCAAUUUUAUCUGAUGCAGAAAGCAAGAAAGGUGGCCUGUAAGGGAGUGGUCAAGGAAGGCCUUAUUGAAAGAGGACAUUGGAGCAGACAUAGGUCACAGACUUGUGGAGGAAGAGAGGCAUAUUUGGAGGUGGCAGGACACAGAAUCAUACAGAUCAUACUUAGGGUGUCAGGGUGGUUGGAAGAGAGUAUGGCUGUGGGAAAGGGGAGGGGAAGGCUGGGAGUGCCUGACCUUUCUGGUUUCUGCCAGAUCCCUUUGUGCGGGUGAGUUGGGAACUGUAAGCUGUGCUCUCCCUCCGGUGUUAACCUGCCCCCGGGCUGCUCUGUGGAAAGCAAGCUGUAGGUUUCAUCCCAGCCAGGUGGGUGAUGUUCAGGGAACCGAGAGCAGACAGCUAGUAGAGGAACUGGGCUGGAAAGGCUGGAGGAAGUUGAGAGGAAGCAGUGACUUCUGGAAGAGAUGGGCUCUGAAAGCUAUGGAGAGAUGGAAGGCAUCUGAGACACAGCAGUCCCGGGACCUCCGAGUCUUAGAAUAGGAUCAAAAGAGAGGGGAAGCCGCUGAGGCUGUAGUGGUACAGAGCCUGUCUGGCGUGUGUCAGGCUCUGCUAGGCUUCCUCCCUAACCUCUGUGUCUCCGGAGGGAGACAGAGGGAGGUGUGAGGCAGUGGUAGAUGGCCAGCUCACUUCUGCCAAGGCUCACUGGAAGGGGGGCUGGGUAUUGUGCUUGGCCUGGAUGAAAGGUAAACUUGCAGAGCUGUUGAGGGACUGUAGUAACUUGUGUUCUGUAGGCCCUGGUGUCGGGGCUUGGAUGGGAGUGGUUCGUGCUGUCUUAGCUUUGUGAAUGAGACUCAAGAGUUCAGGUGGAGCACCAGCUUGGAAGCAGUGCCACCAAGAUCCCCUCUUCUGUGGCUCUCAGCCUGAGCCCACUUUGACCAGAAGAGCGCUCCUCUGAGGAGGAGCCUGGGGUGCAUGGAGUAAAUCUGCACAUGAGGAAGCCCCAUCACACCUGCGUGUGUUUACAUCCUAUCCUUUUCAUAUGAUCCAGUUAAUCUGUAUAUAAAGAAAUUCUCAAAACUAUCCUGCCACCUCCUAGUUACCACCUGUGAGAACUUUCAUGCCUCGAAACUAAGGAAAGAAAUUACAACAAUAGUUUGAGGAAGCCCUUUUGUGCUCUCCCGGCCCUUCCUCUUUCUUUCCCUGCUCCCGUUGCUUUCCUUCGUUGGCCACCAGGUGUCGCUCUCAUCAGUGCCUGGGGCUUAAUGCUGUUUGACCAGAGAAGGUUGCCAGGUUUUUCUGGGAUUCUGGGUAACUUGGCCCUUCCUCCGGAUUCUGAGCCCCUUCUGUUCUUGGGCCGGGCACUGCCUGCUCUGGGUACUCCUUGUCCUGUGCAGGUCAGAGGAAGUAGGUAUUGUAAAGCAGGGCUGAAAGGGAUCACAGAAGCCUGGCCUGCUGAGUGGCUGCGGCCGAGGCUGGAGCUGAGCUCUUGCGAUGACGGGGUGCAGCCCUGUAUUCACAAUGCAGCAGGUGGUGGGUGUAUCCCAUAGACUGGUAUGGAGAACCUUUCGUGGAACGGACCUCCUCAUGACAAGGACUCUGUGCAGUCCAGGUCCCAGCCGACCUGGAGAGAAGCGACCAGAAGCUGCAGCCUUAGGGCUGUAUCAUCGCCUCCCCGAGUUGGGAAGAACACUAAGCCACACCAUUCGGAAUCAAGCAGCCUCAACUGCCAAGGCUUGGUGGGACAGAUAUGAGGAGUUUGUAGGACUCAAUGAAGUUCGAGAGGCCCAGGGAAACGUGACAGAGGCGGAGAAAGUGUUCAUGGUGGCACGUGGUCUUGUUCGAGAAGCCCGGGAGGAUCUAGAAGCUCAGCAGACGAAGCUGAAGGAGGUGAGGGACCGCUUGGACCGAGUCUCCAGGGAGGACAACCAGUACCUGGAACUGGCUACUUUGGAACACAGGAUGCUACAGGAAGAGAAGAGGCUCCGAAUAGCAUAUCUGCGUGCGGAAGACUCAGAGCGAGAGAAGUUCUCUCUCUUCUCUGCAGCUGUGCGGGAGAGUCACGAGAAAGAGCGUACAAGGGCUGAGAGGACCAAGAACUGGUCCCUCAUUGGGUCAGUUCUAGGAGCUCUGAUAGGUGUGGCUGGUUCCACCUAUGUUAACCGUGUCCGGCUACAAGAACUGAAGGCCUUACUCCUGGAAGCCCAGAAAGGGCCUGUGAGCCUCCAGGAGGCCAUCCGUGAACAGGCUUCUAGCUAUUCCCUCCAACAGAAAGACCUCCAGAACCUUAUGGUGGAUCUGAGGGGCCUGGUGCACGUUGGGCAGGACCAGGGCUCUGGGUCACCAACAGGUCCUUCUUCUCCCCGAGGAAAAGACAUAGAUGGCCUUUCAGCUGCCAUGAAAGAGCAGCUCAAUCAUUCCCGGCAGGUCUAUUCCUGCCUAGAGGGUUUACGAGAGCAGCUUGACAGCCUGGAAAAGACUUGCAGCCAAAUGGCUGGGGUGGUUCGACUUGCAAAGGUCCCGGCACAUCCAGGCAUGGUGGAGCCACUGGAUGGGGCCCUGCCCAGCUCUUUGCUGGAACAUGGGAGUACGAUGUUGGCGCUGUCAGAGAUGGAGCAGAGGCUAGAAGCCCAGGCCAACAGGAAUGCCAUCUCUAGCACGCUGGUCACCUGUGUGACUUUUAUGGCCACAUUGCCGCUGCUCUACAUGCUAUUCAAGACCAGUUAGCCCUGGAAUCCGUCUUCAAAGGGGCCGAAGGGUGACUGUAGGCUGUGUUGGGGAUAUAAUGAAUCUUUGAGGUACAUACAACCUCAACCUGACUCUGAAUACCAUCAGAGGGGUUCGCCGACUGGUAUAUUUUAUUCUGUAGGUAAUACCUAUUUGCAUUAAUUAUCCAAACUUUGCACAAAUGUCCAAUUAAAAUAUCUAAGAAUUUGUAUUAUGUAAAA